AUGCACCACACACCGCCAUUUACCAGCUCAAGUCGUGGAAUUCGGCCUGUUAUUGCCAACGGACUAGCCCAUCAUGGUACUAAUGUCGUAGCGAAUGAUUCCACCACUGCCGGUUCCGCGGAAAAGGUGACCGAGAAGAUACGCAGCCACGGCGUGAAAGAUAUCACCAUGGAAGCCGACAUACAGAGCGAACAGGAGAUUCAAUACCUCUGCCAGUGUGCAAUAGCAGUGUUAGGCCAGCUGGAUACUGUCCUGAGAAAUUGUGGCAUUGAGUAUUUUGCCGCUCACCCUGACGUGACCUCCAGCGGAAUCGAUGAGGUUUUUGCUGUGAAUCUCAUAGCUCAGUAUUUUGCUGAUUACGGUCGACCAACUUUUCUGACCUGCACUAUCUGA